CCUCCCUCCUCCCCUCCCCCCUCUUCCUCCCUGUUAUCAGAUGAGUCAGUGCGUGUCCGUGUGUGUGUUCAGUCAGUAGCGUGAUGGCGUCUCUCAGCCUCCUGCUGCUCAGCACCGCGCUGAUCCACACCGCUCAGCCUCUACCUGCAGCUCAUGGCGGAGGGCGUGGCCUGGAUGUGUCAGUGGGUGGGAUCAGACGCCAGCGCAGAGACCUCCGUAACCUGCUGCCUUAUGAGGACCAGGUGUUGUCAUAUCCUGCUUCCCAGGGGGGAGGCGGGGCCAACAACCUUUACUACCAAUCAGAUGACUGGAGGGGGCGGGGCCUGGACCAGGCUCUCCAGCGAUUGGUGGAAAGGGACCAGAGGCGGGAGCAGGAAGAGGAGCAGCGAGCAGCGUACUUGGCAGCUUUGCUCCGCCUACUGAGCGAGGCAGAGAGCGCAGGAUUGGUCGGCCCAGGUGAUGUUGAGGUGGUAGAGGAGGAGGAGGAUGAGGAGGAGGAUCAGGGGCCACCAGGAGACUUCCAGGGCCCGGCCCCCGCAGACUACGAUGAGACAGGACGGGGGCUGAACAUGGGGAGGCCCCCUGCUGCCUGGUGGGGCCUCCUGGAGCCCCAGCUGGCUCAGGCGCUGCUGGACAGGAUGGAGCCUCAGCUGGCUCAGACUCUGCUGGAGAGGGCCCGACAGGAGCGCCUUCAACAGGCCGGACGAGUUCCAUCAGGACUGAACCGAGGAGGCGACCAGGACGCUCUGAGACGUCUGGUUGCUAGGUUACUGUCUAGCAUUGGCCCUAACGACACCCCGGUGAUCUCCUCUGGUCGCCGUACGAGGAGGGACGUGUCCAUCGCAGCACCUGAACCUGCUAGCUCCGCCCACAGGAGAACCCGCCGCUCCCUUGAUGAUGUGGCUCCUCCCUCACCUAGCAACGACCCACCUCUGCUCAGAGUGAAAAGGCUGGAGGAUGAAGAGGAAGAGGAAGAGGAGAAGCUCAGCCCCCCCGCUGUCGGGCUGCAGAGGAUGAAACGCAUCAAUACCAUGGCAACACCUGAUGUGGAAGAACUGAAUCAUGGGAGUCGUAGGCGCCGGAGGAGAGCUGUGGUGAACUACGACCCCCAAAUACUGAUCGAUCAGAUCCUGGAGUACAUGAGGGAGUAAGAGGAGGAGAGGAGAGGAGAGGAGAGGAGAGGAGGAGGAGCAGGAGGGGAAAGAGGAGAGGAUAGGGGUUGAGGAGAGGAGAGGAGAGAAAAGGAGAGGAGGUGAAGAAGAGGAGGAAGUGUAUUUCAUCGUUGUCCUUCAGGAUUUUUUAUUUCCUGUAUUUUUUUUAAAUGUUUUGCUGCUUUUGGUGAAAAAUCGUCUCUGAUCAGUCGUUUGUUGUUAAAAUGAGAAGAAAUGAAAAAGUGAUGGAGGAAAUUUAAUUUAUAAAAUCUGUCAUGUCCUUAAAAAAGUCCUUUAAAUGUCCUGCAGAGGGCGACGUCAUUCUGCUUUUUAUUUAACCCCUUCAUCUCCAUUUCAGUGAUGAAAUAUAUUCAUGAAACAGCUCAGUCAUUAUUAAUUAACAUAAAAGUAAACAAUCAACUUGAUUUCAUGUGAAAAAGACGAGCGGCUCUGAAUCAUCCAAAGAUUUUAUUAACUGAACGUGUGACAGAAUAAUCAGAGAGAAGUUUAACUGCUUUAAACUCAACGGGUCAUUAAAAUAAAGCUUUAACAAAUGA